UUAAUUCACGGCAUUGAUGUGAUGACAUCUCUCAGAAUGGCUCUUCUGAUCUUCCUGCUCAUGAUUGUGGGAGCUUUUGGAACAGAGUGGAGUGUGAAGUUCAACCAACAGGAAAUCUGUGCUUUAAAAGGAUCCACAGUGUUUAUGAACGGAACUUUUACUCACCCAGAAAAUCUCACAGUGAAGGAGACUUUUUGGGUUAUAGACCCAGCCCAGAAGCUGGACCUGUCUAAAGACCCAGAUUACUCAGGCAGAGUCGAGUUUUUCACUGAUGAACAGAAACACUUCUCCUUCAAACUGAGUGAUGUGAUGAAGAAGGAUGAACGAACGUACUACUUCAGAAUCAUAACAUAUGUAGACAAGGAAAAAUGGGUAGAUAAACCUGGAGUAAGUCUCAGAGUUACAGAGCUCCAUGUAGAAGCUCCUGAAGAAGUGACCGAGGGAGAAACAGCAGAUCUGACAUGUAAGACCACCUGCAGUCUGACUGACCCAACAUUCAUCUGGUACAAAAAUGGACGUCCUUUAACCACAAAGACCAUCAAGAACAACCAGCUCCACCUGCAGACGGUCAGCAGUGAGGAUGCAGGCAGUUAUAGCUGUGCUGUAGGAGGAUCUCAACACCUCCGCUCUACUGCUCACAGCCUCAGAGUCAGAUAUCCUCCAAAGAGGGUCUCAGUGUCCAUCAGACCCUCUGGUGAAACAGUGGAGGGCAGUUCAGUGACUCUGACCUGCAGCAGUGAUGGAAACCCACCUGUGAAGAUCUACACCUGGUUUAAAGGAUCAACAUCAAUCCUCCAAAGAGGGUCUCAGUGUCCAUCAGACCCUCUGGUGAAACAGUGGAGGGCAGUUCAGUGA